AUGCUUCAAUACGCCAUCCCGACCGCUCCCCAGCCUUUCAAUCGCCCGUCGCCCGUGUAUGCAGAACCGCAUUCUCGACUCCAGCACGCAAAGAACGGCUUCAGCGUGCCGAGACCGCCCUCAGCAGCCUCUCACCACUCCAAUGAGCAGGAUCAUCCGCAACAAUCCAGCGGAAGUGCAACGGCAGGACAAGGAGAACUACAACACCUGCCCGCUCUGUCAGCAUUGGCUUCACUCGCCGCCAAUGCUCCAGCUGCGAAAGUGAAUCCGCCAAGUGCGAGUGGAGACAGGUAUGUGAGAUCCGUCAUGUUGCGCACCAAACGAGGCUUGCAGAAGAGAACUUGGGCAAGAGGAGAGUGUUCUUAUGAGCGGUCAGGAUAUUAGCUGUUAGCUCCUGCUAGGUUCUCCAGGCUAGCUACAAGCUCCACUGGGUUUCUUAUCUCGCAGCUUCGGCCAAAAGAUCUGCACCCUUCCCAACUCGAGUCUCCCUCGCAUAUCACAUCAUAUCCUACCCGUACUAAUUAGAUGUCUCCUCCAGCAGUACUCGCUCCUCGACUCCCAGCAAUGCGGGUAACAUGAGCACCACUCAGUUUGCUCCGGCUGCCACUGCUGGCGGUAAUGUCCAGAGCGGUCCGGUGAGUACCUUUUUAGAUCAUCUCACACGAAGCUCUGCAGAUCGGAGAUCCAGACCAUCUUAUCGAUAUCGGGAGAUCAAGCCUUGAGUGCUUUCACAUGUCAGACGAAAGGAUGGCUUGGCCAACCUCUCCCAUGUCUAUACGAGCUCGCUACAUUCAUUCGGCAGCCUCCUGCGAGCAUCCCACCCUUCGCUUGCCCGCAGUCGACGUCAAGGACUGCAUGACCCCGGAAUCCUUCUUAUCUAUCUCAGUGAUCCAGUUGACAGAUACUGAUUCCUUCUUCUAGCCUACCUGCGGAAACUGCUCAACGUCCACAACUCCUCUUUGGCGACGCGACGAGUCCGGUCAAAUUCUAUGCAAUGCCUGUGGUCUCUUUCUCAAACUGCACGGACGGCCUCGGCCAAUAAGCCUCAAGACAGAUGUAAUCAAGAGUAGGAACCGGGUCAAGACCUCGCAGCCAAAGAAGAGAGACAGUACGAACGGCCAGGAAGGAGGGGUACACGCGCGCAAUGGAUACCAUCCGCAGCCAGACAUGGCUCAUGCUGCCACCCAUCCUCAGCAUGCUCAUUCGCACACGCUACCCAUGGGACUGAGUGGAGACCAGCAACCACAGCGGGUACCUACACCAGGCUCGGGAUCUCGCAGCAAUACUCCUGCUCUAAGCCAGCAGAAUCAAAAUGUUGCACCCCCGCACAUCUUUGAUACUGUGUCGUUGCCCUCGGAUACGUUUGCGAGUCCCAGCUUGCCUUCCUUUGCACUGCGGCAGCCGAGUCCCCCUCCAGCCUCUCUCAAUGGCACUUCUUCUUCUUCAUCACACGUGGAAGCCCAGACCUACGAUGCCCUGGUCCACCAGAACAACACACUGCGAACCCGCGUCAGUGAGCUGGAAGUCAUCAACGAACUGUUCCGCGGCCGAGUGGGAGAGCUUGAGAGGAACGAGCAGCAGAAAGGAGAACAGGUACAGAGACUGGGUCUGGAGGUCGCUGCUGCCAAUUCCCGAGCUAUCGAGUUGGAGAAGAGACUGGCGGAGCUGGAAGCCGAAGCGUCGCCUUCGCGGAAGAAAGCAAGGACAGAGAGUAAUGGCGGUAAUACGCAUGCCAUGCAGAUCGAGACGCUGCGUCUGCACGUGUAUGAUGGACGAAGUAAUGACUAA